CUAUCAUCAAAUUGGAAAGUUAUAGUUGCCUCAGUUUUAAGAUAAGAUUUAAAUAUUCGGAAUGAUUAUGAUCAACUUUUUUGUAUUAUUCGGUUUAACACAAAUUAUUUCAGGAAUUUUAAGUGCAACUAUAGGAACUACUUAUAUAAAUGAGGCAUAUACUGCAGUUAAUACAAGUGUUGGGACUAUAAACGGUUUUAUUGAAAUAACAAGAUAUACUGAUGGUCAGCCCAGAGGUGCAUUAAAGUUUCUAGGAAUACCCUAUGCAGUUCCUCCUGUUGGGAAUUUACGUUUUAGGAAACCAAGGCCAGCUACAAAUUUUAAACAACCUUUUAAUGCUACACAAUAUGGACCAGGAUGCUUACAAAAUAAAUUCUUAAUGUCAAUGUGGUUGCCAGGAAGAGAUUUUCUUUCUGAGGACUGUUUGACCUUGAACAUAUUUGCUCCUUUUCAUACGGCUACCGCCAAACGACCUGUUAUGUUAUGGAUUCAUGGAGGAGCAUAUCAGAUUGGACAAUCUAGUAUUUAUUCUGCCGAAAAUUUAGCUAGUUACGGUCAGGUUAUUGUGGUGACAAUUAACUAUCGACUUGGUCCUUUCGGAUUUUUAGCUACUAAUGACCCUGACUCGUUGGGAAAUUUAGGAUUAUGGGAUCAACAACUUGCCAUUAAAUGGAUACACGAAAAUAUUGAAUAUUUCCAUGGUGAUCCGAGUAGAAUAACACUAUUUGGGGAAUCCGCUGGAGGCGGAAGUACCGUUUAUCAGGCAAUGUAUCCUGGGAACAAGGGUCUAUUCUCACGAACAAUUUCCGAGAGUGGAGUAGCCAUGUCGGCAUGGGGUUAUAAUACACGCGACAAGAUGCUCGAUUUCACGAAAAGAAUGGCACAGAACUUAAAAUGCCCGACAACUAACGAUCGUGCCAUGUUAUCCUGCAUGCAAAACGUUCCAGCUCAAGACAUUGUUGAUAAAUCAAGAGUAGGAACAGAAUCGGAGAAUCUAUUCCGACCCGAGUUUGUUCCUGCUCCAGAUGGUGAAUUUAUAAUACAAUCCGCUCCUGAUAUUUUUACGAAGUCGUGUUUGAUCGGUGACCAAACCGGAAGUGUUUUCGACAAUAUUGACAUGGCAUUUGUUGCAUUGACCGGUGAUGGGACUGCAGUGACUGGUUCAACGAUGUUACCAUAUGUUAAAAAGCGCAUGUCAAAGACUAUGUCGCCCGAUGACAUCAUCGAGAAAUCGGUUAUUCCGAAUAUUCUAUCGGAUAGAUUUAAUAUUACUUCUCCGGAACUUGCUAAAAUAAUGAAUUUCUUGUACAGUGACUGGAACAAAACAUUAGGAAAUAAUUCAUAUCAAACAAAACUUUUAAAUUUGGAUACAGAUUACAGCUUUUAUAUUCCAAUAAUCAAUACCGCUACUGCGCAUGCACAGAGAGAAAAGGGGAAGAAGACAUAUUUGUUAGGGUUUGAAAAACACUCUUCAUUCACUCUUCCAUUAGAGUAUAAACCACCUAACCUUCAUGCAGAUGAAAUUCCAUAUUUCUUUGGUUUUCCUGAUAGUAUGAUGAAGCCAUUCGCAAUGUCAAGGACAAAUAUUACAGCUGAAGAAAUACAACUGUCUGAAAAACUCAUGUUAUAUAUUUCGAAUUUUGCUUAUUCUGGUGACCCUAAUCUACCAAGAACACCGGAUGUGAAGUGGUUACCCUACAACGUCGAAGAUGAACACUAUCUACGUGUUGGUGAAACGAUCAAAGCCGAUUCACACAUGCUACCUACGCGGACUGCUUUCUGGACAAAAUACAUACCGGAGUAUCUAAAAAGAACAAAAUCGUGUACUAUUAGCCAGGGCGUAUUGCCUAACUUUGGACCUUCAAACGUAGUUGGUUAAGAAACAGAGCGAAAUCAAAAAUUCAA